CUCUCUCUCUCUCUCUCUCUCUCUCUCUCUCUCCCUCUCUCUCUCUUUUACAUGCAUUAAUGAAAAAGUUAUCCUGGGGGCGAUAAGGAAAAGUCUUAAACUCACUCAGACAGAAAAAUGUUUUGCUCGAUCUUGUUGUGAUCUUUGACAAAUCUAAAAGGGCUGACCACUGGUGUCAGACAAGUUUUUUUUUUUUUUUUUUUUUUUUUUUUUAGGGCUGCAGCUCCUCAGAUACUCACCAGCAGCUGUUGUGAAUGUUUUUGAGAGCACGAGGGUGCAUGUCGGGACUUUCCUAUUCAUCUGAUCACAAAACUUUGUCUGGAAAUCACAGUCAAAAUGACUCUUCAGUGGACAGCUGUGGCUUUCUUCCUCUAUGCAGAGAUAGCAGUCAACCUUAUCCUGUGUAUACCCUUCAUCUCAGCAAAGAGAUGGCGUUCGGUUUUCGGUCUGAAAAUAUGGAAUUGGUUAUCUCCAUAUUGGAACAAAUGCUUCUUCACAAUGAUCAUGGUUCUUAUUGUUCUCUUCUUUGAUGCUGUCCGCGAGGUGCAGAAGUACUCUGGGCCUGAGAACAUGCAGGAUGCCAAGGUGAACCCAAAUGUGUACGACCACGUCCACAUGAAGCUGUUCAGAGCCCAGAGGAAUCUCUACAUAUCUGGCUUCUCUCUCUUCCUCUGGCUGAUCAUGCGUCGGGUUGUCACCUUGCUAAACCAGGUUGCUGUCACCUUGGAGGGCUCUGCAGGUCUUCAGGCGCAGAUGGACAGUGCUGUCAAAGCAACCAGGCAGCACCAGGAGGACAACCUGAUGCUCAAACAAGCUCUCCUGGAUGAAGAGAGGUCCAUGUCAGUGAAAAACCAGCGACUAAAGCUGGAGGCUGAGAAGCUGGCAGAACAAGUGAAGGUUGCUGAAGAGACUGUGCGCAAGUCCAAUGCUGAAGUCGAGGCCAUGAAGAGGCAGGCUAAAGGUCUGGCACAGGAGUAUGACAGACUAUUGAGGGAACACCAUCAACUUCAGAAUCCCCAGAGUGCUGCAGACAAAAAGGAUCAGUAACUCUGUGAAAGCUGAAACUCUUGUUUGUUAUAUUUCUUCCAUGGAAACCUUUUCUCCUCAAUUCUAGUGGAUGCAAGAGGCCACCAAAGGCUGUGCUUUUAAUCCUCCACGACUUUCAUUUUACAUUAAACUAAAGCAGAUUUGUUUUUAAAUGAUAGCAUCUAAUAAUCAUUUAUCAGUCAGAAGAACAAAAGCAUGAAUAGUUCUCAUGUGUUGUAAAAACCUUCCUACUAACGUCUUCAUCAUGAGCAGGAAAUAUGUCUGGACUUUACCUUUAAAUUAAUAUAAUAAAAAAAAUAAAAGUGUACAAAUUAGUUGAUAUUUUGUCUCAGGGUUUUAGACGUAUAGUGCUAAUGCUAACAUUUGUACAGAAGCUAAAGAGCAAUUGUUUUACUCUGAGAUUGG